GCGCAGUCCGUUGUGUUUACAUCUGCUGAAAAAAAAAUUAAUAUAUAUAUAUAUCACACAUACAUUUUUGGACCUUAUUAAAGGCGUACAACACUUGUGUCAGUUAAUCGCUGCAUAUGAUGAGCACAGAGCCUGCUAGCCUGGAGAGCCUGCAUGUGCUGUAUCACGGUGAUGACUACAUUGUGGUGGACAAACACUGGGACAUCCGCAUCGACAGUAAGAUGUGGUACGAGAAGAACACUGUGCAGGCACAGCUUCGGCACCGCUUUCCUCAGCUAGCAGACCCACGCACCUACUAUGGAUUUCGGUUCUGUCAUCAGUUGGAUUUCUCCACAAGUGGGGCUCUUUGUGUUGCCCUUAAUAAGGCUGCUGCUGGCCGGGCUUACCGCUGCUUCAAGGACCGCACCGUGACCAAAUUCUACCUCGCUCUGAUACGUGGAUGGGUCAAAGAAAAGACACAAACUGUGAACUUUUCCAUUGGCAAGAACUCCACAGAGGGAAAAACACAUAUGAUGUGCGUUGAGGGAACAGAAGGUUGUGAGAACCCCAAACCUUCCCAAACUGAGCUGACAGUGCUGGAACAUGGGUUGUAUGAUGGAGACCCUGUUACCAAAGUGCUGCUGCAGCCACUCACUGGUCGAACCCACCAGUUAAGAGUCCACUGCAGCGCUAUAGGCCACCCCAUUGUCGGGGACUUUACCUACAGCUCAGGAACAGACAACACCCCGUACCGCAUGAUGCUGCAUGCGCACCUCCUCCAUAUUCCCCUCGAACCUCAGCCCCUGCUCGUCACUGCCAGAGACCCUUUUGUCCCUACUGUAGAUCCCAAGUGGCUCCCACAGCGCUCAUUACAGACACUGACAGCCACUGUGGAGGCCUUGCUAGAGUGCAGGGUGAAGGAAGACAGGAAGAUUAAAAAGGAAGAGCAAGAGAGAGUGAGAAAAGAGGAGGAAGAGAGGAGGAAACAAAGCAAGGAACACGGGACUGAGGAGGAGAGUGAGGAGCAGAGAAGACAGUGUCAGGAGUGGCUGAGUGAAUGGGCUGGAGAUUGAUUUUUGUGUGUGUGUGUUUAUUUGUCUUCUCAUGCAUGUUGAGCAUGCGUUUUAUUUGAGGUCCCACCUGUAUUACAUUUCAGUUGCAUAUUAGAAGGUGGAUUAGCUCCUUUGUGUCCUCACAAACAAGUUAAAAUCAUGAAAAGGCAUGUGUGGGGAUAGUUCACGCUGCACUACUAAUUGCACUACUGGAAUGUCCAAACUAUAAUCACUGCAAAUUGAGAAACAAGUGCCUUGCUCAAGGUCAAGUUAAUAAGUCAGGGUUUUUUUUUUUUAGUUGAUUGGUGUCAGGAUUAUGAGAAAUUGGCCUCUGUUCUGAACUGCAACAGUUGAUGUUAGUUUUUUUCCCAGAAAAAUAGUUUUUAAACUUGUGUGUGUCCAUUUCAUGAUGCAAAGUACUGACAUGCAUGAAUUUCUACAUGAAAACACAUUUGUCUUUGCUGCCUAACAUAAUGUAUCUUAAAACGAUUCAGUAUCCUGUGCGGCCAUUUAACAGUUUUACAUCUUUAUGUCUAUUUUAGUUCAGUACAAUUACUCUCACCGGCCACUUUGUUAGGUACACCUGUUCAGCUGCUCCUUAAUGUAAAUAUCUAAUCAGCCAGUCAUAUGGUGGCAACUCACUGAGUUUAGGCAUGUAGACAUGGUCAAGAUGACCUGGUUACAUUCAAACUGAGCAUCAGAAUGGGGAAGGAAGGUGAUUUAAGUGACUGAACGUGGCAUGGUUGUUGGUGCCAGAUGGGCUCAUCUGAGUAUUUCAGAAACUGGCGAUCUGCUGGGAUUUUCCCACACAAACAUCUCUAGGGUUUACAGAGAAUGGUCCAAAAACAAAUAUCCAGUAAGCAGCAGUUCCCUGGUUAAAAAUGCCUUGCUAAUGCCAGAGAUCAGUGAAGUAAUGGUGUGGGAUUCAUUUUCUUGGCACACUGGGCCCCUUAGUACAAACUGAGCAUCAUUUAAACACCUUAGCCUACUGAUGGCUGCUUCCAGCAGGAUAUUGCAUGUCACAAAGCUCAGAUCCUCUUACUGUACCUAAAUGGCCUUCACAGUUACCAGAUCUCAAUCCAACAGAGCACCUUUGGGAUGUGGUAGAACGGAAGAUUCACAUUAUGGAUGCGCAGCUGUCAUGUCAUGUCAAUAUGAAUCAAACCCUCUGUGGACUGUUUCCAGUACCUUGUUGAAGAUAACUGCAACAAAGGAUUAAGGCAGCUUUGGAAGCAUAAAGGGGUCCAAUGUAGUAUUUGUAAGGUGUGACUAACAAAGUAGCUGUGAGUGUACAAAGUGCAUCUGUCAGCUGUUUUAAUAAAAGCAUGAAAAAUUA